AUGGCUAGUCAACAAUACUCAAGCGACCCGUUCGCCCCAAACUACCGCCACAUCUGCCCCUGGAGCGCGCAGGAGAAGGCCGAAUACAUAGCAACCUGGCCGGUGCCUUUGCAACCCAACUUCUGGGAAGUCUACGAGUCCGCCGAACACGCAGAAUGGACUCGACCUAGGGAUCAGCUUGAUGUCCUCCUCCGCGAACGCGGGCUAGAAGAAGUUUGUAACACAAUUUUGUAUUCGGAACAGAAGACUGAGCACGGAACUGAUAUGGGCAUGGAUGAGAGGCAGGAAAGGGUACGAGAACUACUUAGGGACGCAGGCGAGCUAGCAUUGCUCGAGAAGGCAGAGAAGAUUUGGCGAAUGAUGGCUGAGCGAAAUGAUGUUCAAAAGGGCAAAAAAUCAAUUGAGCAUCUGUUUGAAAUAGGAGAUGAGGCGGGGUUCAGGUGGCUUAAGAUGAAUCCAGAUUGGGUGAGGACAGAUCAUGGUGAACGCUCUAAGUAG